AUGGCAACAAUGAUUAGGGAUUUCCAUAUUGCAGAAAAAGAAGAAGAUAUUGGUUUCUAUGCAGGUUAUGUGGGGUCCUCUUUCAUGCUUGGAAGAGCUCUUACAUCUGUAUUUUGGGGAGUAGUGGCUGAUCGAUAUGGUAGAAAACCAGUAAUAAUUUUGGGCACUUCUGCAGUGGUUAUUUUCAAUACUCUCUUUGGUCUUAGUGUAAACUUCUGGAUGGCCAUCUGUACACGGUUUCUUCUUGGAAGUUUAAAUGGUUUGCUUGGGCCAAUAAAGGCAUUUGCAGUUGAAAUUUUCCGCAAUGAAUACCAAGCUUUGGGAUUGUCGACUGUUAGUACAGCUUGGGGCAUAGGAUUGAUCAUUGGUCCAGCUUUGGGAGGCUUUCUAGCCCAGCCUGCAGAGAAAUAUCCAGCUAUAUUUUCCCAAGAUUCUUUAUUUGGAAGUGCAUUUACACCCCAAGAGUACAAACUUUGUAUGCAGAUUUCCAUACUUCUUGCCAUGCCUUUGUAUAUCAAUUUUUGCUUUGGUGGUGACUGUUUUUUCUUUCUGGCUUCCGACUGA